CAUAUGACGCCAUAUUAAUGUUCACCUCUGUCAAGAACAUCAGUCGAUAAAUAAUCUGCACCUGCUAUGCAUUGGAAUAAAUGACUUCCAACAUGUCCACCUGCAAACAAUUUUUAUCUACCAAGAAGAAAUCAAAAGAUUCCUACGAAUUCAUUGAGAACCUUGGAGAAGGAUCCUUUGCGGAGGUUGUCCUCGUCGCAAAGGUCGGCACACCUAAUAAGAUGUUUGCAAUGAAGGAAAUUUCCAUAGUUGGGAAAGAUGAGUGCUUCAUGGAGAGCAUCAAAAGAGAGUGCUCCAUACAGAAGCGUCUCUCUAAAAGUCGGCAUUUAAAUAUGAUCCAUCUCUUCGAAAUUCGUACAAAUCCAGAAAACUAUCAGUUGAUUUUGAGCUAUGCUGAUGGGGGAGACCUUUUUGAAAAAAUUAACCAACACGGAGGACUGGGCUCAGAUGAAGCUCAUCGAUAUUUCAAACAGCUAAUUGAUGGGCUCAGAUUUAUUCAUGAGGAAGGUGUGACUCAUCGGGACAUCAAGCCAGAGAACUUGCUCCUUACCAAGUCAGGCAUUCUAAAAAUCGCGGAUUUUGGCUUCGCAACUAUGCACCGUUUCAAUGGAGCAGAACAGAUGCUGAACGCGUAUUGUGGAUCCCCACCGUACAUUGCACCUGAAGUAUUAACUGGAAUAGACUAUCGCGGUCCAGCAGUGGAUAUUUGGUCGGCUGGAGUGGUGCUCAUCGCCAUGAUAGCUGGAGCUGUGCCAUGGGAGCAGGCUGACCACUUCGACAUUUUCCAAUCCCGGUACUGCAGUUUCCGUAGAAAUGGCAGAAAAGGAGCAUGGAGCCGGAUGAGCCAACAAGUGAUAUCCCUUCUUCGAAAAAUCCUUCUCCAGGCUGAGUUAAGAGCGACUAUUAGUAUGAUUGAAGAAGAUCCGUGGUUCAUAUAUGGUGAGGAGGUGGACGCUGAGAAUAAGGAGAACGGAAGCCAAGCUCAGUACCGUCAGGAAUCACAAACGUCUUCAAAGCCUAUUUUGAACUUUGAAAAUCUACUCAAAGAUCUUAAUGUCUCUAUUUAAUUUUUUUAUAAUACGUAGGAAUAAAUGCGUGUUCAAUCAAUAAAAACAUUACCCUGUUGGA